ACAUACGCGCUCUACAUAGAGAAAGGGAAGACUCCUUUGAGGGUUCCCUGCUUCCUGAUCCCGAUCAAAGACGCAAUCAUGGUUCUUCUACAGCCAGACCCGUUUCUCAACGAACUGACCAGCAUGUUUGAACGCAGCACAGAGAAGGGUUCUGUUUGGGUUACCCUCAAAAGAUCCUCCUUGAAGUCUAAGGUGCAAAGGAAUAAGAUGAAGACUGCUGGAGAGACCAUUGAGUAUAGGUGCCUUGUUCGUGCCACUGAUGGCAAGAAGACAAUAUCUACUUCGGUUGGGAUGAAGGAUCACCAACGCUUCCAAGCUUCUUAUGCGACCAUCCUAAAGGCCCACAUGACUGGUUUAAAGAAGAGGGAGAGGAAGGACAAGAAGAAGUCUGCACUAGACAAGAUGGAUGGGGGUUCAAAGAAGCCCAAGAGCAGCUGAAAAAUUCUUAUCAGUUCUGUACAAACCCAACUCCUUAAUUUUCAUCAACUUUCAUCCUCAGAAUUCUCAGAUUUAAGAAAUUACCAUUAUUAAAGAGUAUGAUUUUGUUUUUCCGAAUACAAGAUCAUGGAAGGAUUUAGGCAUCAGAGCAGGUCGAUAUUGAGAUGAAAGGGUUUGUUGAUAGUAGUUGUAAUUCUCUCUACUUCUUACCUUAAGUUUUAUAUAUAUGGCUUUCUUUCUAUCCUAAAAGUGUAUCUGCUUGUUUGAUAUCAGUAUAUUAUACAAAAUAUUGUAAUAUGAAAAAACAUUCUAACUGAAU